UUUGUCACCGCGUCGCAAUAUAGUGUGAAGGACAUGAAAUCUUUUUGAGUUUGUGAGCAGUUUCACCUCUACUUUUUUGUUUCUGUUUGAGAAGUUGUCAAACCGAAAGAAGUAUCUUCAAAUCGUAAAAUUCGCUUUGUCCAUUUGUCUAACCCGGUCGAAGUGAACUUGCAGUUUGUGAUCAUGUCGAUUAGAGGACGCGAAUACAACGAUGAUUCUGCUGCGAAACUUCUUCGUUCCGUCCGACAGCAGGAAGCUCACUUUGAAAUGCUUUCUCGAGAAUUGGAACAAGAGCGCAGAAACGUGGCUCAUCAAUUGGAAAAGUGUAAAUAUGGCUCCGAAACAGCAAGUGUGAGCUCGAUGGGGAGUUCCACCGAUGAUUCCUUUGUUUGGCGUGGAAAUCAGGGGCCAGGAAGUAUUGGUGAUGAACAGGAUCUGUCAGAUAAUGAGAGUCAGCUAAGUGGAUCAGCUCUUGUUGAUUCAUGCUUGAAAGUUCUCCAGGAAAGAGGUCUUUCUGACUCAAGGGAUGACCAAAACCCUCUCUAUGACAAAAGCAUGGAUCAUGGAAACUCUGCCACAGUAUCAGGACCACAUUCUAAUGCUCUCAUGAACAAGGACUGGGAAAAAGAUCUCAUGGAGGCUGACCUUACCCCAGGACAAACAGUGAAAAAGGUUGUCACUAGGACAGAAAUGCGGACAGUACGAACACUGGAUGGAAAAGUAGUUGAAGAUACAUAUGAUCCAGGCAGCACACAAACCACUGUAGAGCGAUACACAUUUGACAACAGAGCUGUCAAUGGAAGCGCGCCUAGAACAAUAACAAAACAGUAUGUGCCUGGAGAUGAGUACCGAUCAGGCAGGCGGGGCCCUGGAUCUCACUCUUCUGUGGAGGACUAUCGGACACCCUAUAGUCCAGGAAGCCAGAGUGGCUAUGCUUCAGGGGAGGGAAGACGGACGCCUACGCCUAGUAACCCAGGAAGUGUGUCGGAUGGUUACCAGACACCAACAGGUUCACGAAAUUCAUCUCAGUCCAGUUCAGUGGGAACUAAAGCUUAUGGAAUGACAAGUCAAUCAUUACCUCGCAGCACGUCUUCAACCCCCCGAGGGACUCCAUCCUCAUCAACAACCAUGCCGCGGUCAUCAAGUACCUCAGGAAGACAAAGCACCACUUAUAACCUUAGUAUCAAAGUGGGUGAUGUCAAGGGAUCAGGGACAGAUGGCAAUGUUUACAUCCAGUUGUUUGGUGAGCGUGGGAAUACAGCGAAGAUCCAGCUGCGACAGGCAGGAGAUACAAGAAACAAGUUUGAGAAAGGAAGGACAUACAAGUUUACAGUGGAUACUGUUGAUAUUGGAAAGGUUGACAGAAUUAAGCUAAGCCAUGAUCACACUGGAUAUGGGUCAGGAUUCUUUGUGGAGGAGGUUGAAGUAGAGGUUCCUGCCCGACAGGAUAGAGUGAAGUUUCCUUGUCGCUGCUGGUUGGCUCAGGAUGUUGAUGAUGGGAAAAUUGAGAGGGAGAUGUUUGCAGUUACUCCUCUGCCUAACACGUCGUACACAAUGUCAGUCAAACUUGGUGACGUUCUUAGCCCUGACACCAACCUUUAUGUCCAAUUGUUUGGUGAGAAGGGAGAAACAAGCAAGAUAAUGCUGCGGCCUGUUGGUUCAUCGCUCAACAAAUUCGAAAAAGGCAGAAUGUAUAAGUUUACUGUGGAGACCGUAAAUAUUGGAAAGAUCGAGAAGCUGCGUAUUGGUCAUGACAGCAAAGGAGAAGGGAAGGGUAUAUUUGUGGAGGAGGUGGAAGUAGCGCCUGCAGAAGCUGACCGGGCCCUCUUCCCUUGUUACUGCUGGCUGUCAGAGGGGAAAGGAGACAGGAAUUUAGAAAGAGAUAUACUUCCGGGUCAGCCCAGACCUCCACGGCCGAAUACGUCGUAUCACUUAGCAGUAAAAACAGGGGAGAUGGCGAUGGCUGGUACGGACGCCAACGUGUAUUUCCAACUAAUUGGUGAUGAAGGGGAAACAGAGAAGAUUCAGCUGCGCCAAGGAGGAAAAGCAGAAAAACGAUUUGAGAAAGGACGAGUAGACAAGUUCAUAGUGGAGACUGUGGAUGUGGGAAAGGUUCAAAAGCUGCGUAUAGGACAUGACAACAAUGGCACUGCUCCUGGCUGGUUUCUGGAAGAGGUUGCCGUGGAUGUCCCAGCCCAUACUGAGCAUUUCAUCUUCCCAUGUCAUCGGUGGCUCGCUAAGAACGAAGAUGAUGGCAAAAUAGAGAGAGAUUUAGUUCCAGGAGUUUCUAUUCCAUCUGGCACAGCCUCGCCCAGCAAGACAACCAUCACUACAACCAUUGAAAGAACCACAACAAGUGAGAAUUACAAACUACCUCCCCCUGUGGCCAAGAAACCGCUCAUGGACGACCCACGGUACGGUUCACCUACAAAGAAGGUUAUCACGGAUGAACUCAGAUACACUACAGUACCACCCCCACAGAAAACAGUCAUGGAGGAGGUGCGUUAUUCCACCACCCCUACAAAAAGGACAGUGAUCGAAGAGGAGUACAGGUACACUACUCCUAGAAAGGAUACGGCCCCUCUACCUCCCCAGAGAAAAAUUAUCGAAGAAAGAAUGGUUACCAGAGAGAUGACAACACCGCCCGUGCAAGGAGCCCCACCCACCGGGCCGCGGGAACAAAAACAGCGCAUUACACAUGAGGAGCUGACUGUAGAAGAGAUGCGUAAACAGGGGGGAGCCCCUAUGCCUUACUCCGCCCCUCCCCCCAUGAAUGAAUAUCGUUACGAGGAAGAAAUGUUGCCUCCUCCGGAUGAGUAUCAUUUUGAAGAAAAGAGAACAGAGAUGGUGCCUGUCCCACCGGACUCAAUGGAUAGCAGGAAAAUCGUCGCCUACCAGCUUUGUCUUAAAAUGGGUGAGGUUCUUGGAGAUGGAACAGAAGGAAAUGUAUUUAUCCAACUGUUUGGCGACAAAGGCAUGACAGAACAGAUACAGCUGCGUCAAGCUGGGAACUCCAAAAUAAGCUUUGAGAAGGGAAGAACGUACAAAUUCACCGUCGAGACAAUCGACAUUGGAAAAAUUGAAAAAAUCAGCGUGAGCCACGACAGCCAAAUGCCCACUGCUGGUUGGUACUUGGAAGAGGUUACAGUUGAUGUGCCAUCACGUGGGGACCACACCGUGUUCCCUUCGCACUGUUGGUUAGCUCCAAGUCAAGGAGAUGGAAAAAUUGUCAGAGAUUUUGCAUCGAGGCCUUGCCUCUACCACUUGGCUAUCAAGACUGGCGACGAGAAGAGCGCAGGUACAGAUGCGAGUGUCUGGGUACAGGUGUAUGGUGAUAAAGGAGACACGGGACAUGUAGAGCUAAAGAAAUCAGGAACGAUGGAUAACCUGUUUGAACGAGGACAGACUGAUUAUUUCACUUUGGAAGCUGGUGAUGUUGGCAAGAUCGAGAAACUUCGUGUUGGCCAUGAUGGCCGUGGUCCCUUAUCAGACUGGUACGUGGAGGAGGUGAUUCUUAACAGUGCUGUCAGGGGGGAGCACUUGAUCUUCCCUUGCCAUGCCUGGGUGGCUGAGGAGCAGAGCGUGGGAUAUGCAGACAAAGAGCUUUAUCCUAAACAGCCAGUUUCUGACUACCAAGUGAGAAUAAAGACAGGGAAUUUGAAGAACGCUGGCACAGACUCAAAUAUCUACCUGCAGGUGUUUGGUGAUAAAGGAGACACCGGGGUCAUUGAACUGAAACAAAUUUGCGACACUAAAGAUAAGUUCCAACGUGGGAUGAACACCAAGAUCAACUUGCAAACUGUAGACGUGGGCAAUCUGGAGAAGAUCCGGAUCGGCCACGAUGGGCGCGGUCUGGGCACUGGAUGGUAUUUGGAGGAAGUGGUGAUUAUAAUUCACGACGAGUGUUGGAUCUUUCCUUGCAACCGCUGGCUGGCGGAUUAUGAAGACGAUGGUAAAACCGAGAGGGAUCUGUAUGCAGAGAGAAAGACCUAUGCACACGAACCUGAUCUACAGGAUCUGAUUGAAUACCUACAGACAGAUGAUGUCACGCUUAUCGUGAAUGCUGCUAAUUAUCUGCAGCAUCUCUCGUACAGCGAUGAACAGGUCAAGAUAAAAGUUCGAGAGCUCGGCGGAAUUCCAAUAUUGGUUCGUUUACUUGAUCACGACUCAGACGAGGUGCACCGCUCAGCUGCGGCGUGUUUGAGGAAUUUGUCGUACAGCAAGGCGAGGGACGAGAAUAAGUUGGCAAUUGCCGAAUGUUAUGGCAUUGAGGCUUUGAUACGUCUGUUGAAAAGAACAAGAAGAGACGAGGUUAAGGAAGUAGUUUUGGGUGUUUUGUGGAAUCUGUCGUCCUGCGAGGAUCUGAAACUUAAAAUCUUAGAAAUCUGUCUCAUUGUCAUGGUAACCAUCAUUAUCAUCCCCUACUCUGGCUGGAGCAGAGCUGCCGCCAACAAUUCGAUGCCACUUCCGUCCAUAAAAUGGUCCACAGUGUUCCGUAACGCCAGCGGUGUGCUGAGGAACGUGUCUUCGGCUGGACCUGAGGCGCGGCGCGUGAUGAGGGACUGUGAUGGACUCGUGGAUUCCUUUGUCUGGAUCAUCAGGGCACCACUUGGCAAAAAUGAUAUUGAUAAUAAGUCUGUUGAAAAUUCCGUCUGUAUUCUGCGCAACUUGUCCUACCGACUGGAAAAUGAGGUGGACAGAGAAAGAUACAAGGACGCCCCAAUACCCAUCCAACCUGGCAAGGAAUCAGGCAAACAUGACCCGGGUUGUAUGGCGGGAUGCGGGACGGGAUCAAAGAAGAAAAAGAAAGGAGCGCUCAAAGAACCUGAAGAGCCACAGAUAAGGAGAGAUCCCGUGGAGGGUGUGGAGUUACUAUGGCAACCAGAAAUAGUCAAGUCGUACCUGUUAAUUAUGGCGGAGGCGGCCAAUCCUGAGACACUAGAAGCGUCUGCUGGAGCUAUUCACAAUCUUACAGCAUGUGGCUGGAGGUGGGCUAUGAUUGUCCGCUCAGCAGUACGGAAGGAGAAGGGUCUUCCCAUUUUAGUUGAACUCCUACGAAUAAAUCAUGACCCUGUGGUGAGAGCUGUUUCAACAGCGAUGAGAAAUCUAGCAAUCGACCCGAGGAACAAGGAUGUUUUAGCUAAAUACGGAAUUAAAGAUCUGGUUCAUCGCCUUCCUGAUCAUCGCACCUCUUUAAAUGUCAAAGCUGAAGAGAAUACAAUUGGUGCUAUACUGUGCGCGAUUCAUCAAUUCGUGAAUAAGAGUCUAGUAAAUGGAAGACAUGUUCAUAAAGUUGGAGGGUUUCAGAAGAUUAUUGCGAUCGCCAAGUCGCGAGAUCAUUACUCUCCGAGGAUUGUAAAAACAGCAAAUCAGGUAUUAAUAACUCUUUGGAACUUACCAGCUCUUCGAAGCUCUCUCAAAAAAGAAGGCUGGGAAUUUACUAAAGAAAUUGGAGAUGAAUACGGUCAUGUUCCAACUACCCCGCGGCCUUACGACGAGGUAACAAUGCCACGGGGACCGCAGAGAGGAGCGCCGUCUGCUGUCGGAAGGAACGAACCACGGCCAAUACGAUCCGACGAAACGUCGAUCCCCGAACCUCAAUAUGACCCUGAACAAAGAAGUGCACCCCCAAGAUUUUCCGAAGAUGGUUACGAAGCCGAUGACGAUGCUCGGCGGCGAAGAGAACCGAACAACACACGAAACGAGUUGGAGAUGGAAGACAUGGGUGGCUAUAGGGAAAUUGAUCAUCGGUCGGGUGUCGAGAGAGGCGGGGGUGUUCAAGUUUUACCUCCGGUUGAGCCGCCGGCUUACCCUGACGGGGGUGGACAGCCUCAAGAAGAACCGGCAUACGCUCGUGUAGAUAAGAGUAAAAAGAAAACGUAUAAAUUACAAGGAGGGGAAGGUGCAACCUCUGACUCGUGGGUGUGAAAAUAAUUUCAUGAACGUUCCUCUGAACACUUUUUCGCAUGAAGCUUGGAGAUCGCUCACA